AUGGAAAAUUACAAUCCUUUAGCAGAGCUAGAUAUCCUUGAGACUACCAGCGUGAAGGAAAUCUGUAAGACAGGGGCAAGGCCUCUAGUCCAUCUCUAUGGAAGCCCAUAUUUGCACAGACAGAUUAUUUCGUGAAUUAAUGAUGAGCAUGGCAUUAAGAAUAAAAUGCCUGUAAGAUAUAAAUCUCAUAACUUUGAUGACCUUAUUGAUAUACAGCAGUAUGAUGAAGAGACUAGAGCUGAUGGCAUGUAUAGGAAAUCAUGGUUCAAGAAGAUCUAUGAUGAUCUCCCUUCUGUUAUUAUUAUGAUUUAUGACUGGUCGCAGGAUGAAAGUGGAAUUGGAUGGAGUUAUAGGGAAGAUGAGAUAAGGAGUAAAAUCUCGCAACUUAAGGAGAGGUCGAGAGAUGCUAAGAUUAUGCUCCUUGUGUUCUUAAGUGAGAAAGAAGACUUUAGUCUUCCUGGAAAUAGAAUUGAAAAUAAAAUUACUUCUUUGCGUAAGAAUACAGAGCUGGAGCCCAAGGGAAUAUUCCUCGUGACCACUGGAGUUCAAGGAUUUGCAAACCUAUCUAAGAAGUUCGAAAGUACAAUGCAAGAUUAUUCACUACACUUCUACAAGGACUUGAAAUAUCACACCAAACUCAAGCAGAAGCGAAUCGCAAAGGAUGACCCUCUCAACGUUAGGUACAACUUCAAGAAUGGCUAUUACACAGAAAUUAUUAAGGACUCCAACAAAGCAGUGAAGUUUUAUCAAGGAGCCUACCAGUUGAUCAAGGAAAUUAAAGAAAGCAAAUACAGCAAGUACUCUGGGACAGAACUUAGAGAGGUUGCAGAUUUGAUUGUCCUCAAGCUGUUUUACUGCUACUUCAGAUUCUAUAACAUUGAGCCCGCAUUGGCACUGUUCAAGAGUCAUUUCGACUUGUUCUCAAGGAAAAUACACAAAAUGAAAGACAAAAUUAAGUUCCUUGAAAUCAACUGGCGCUAUGAAACAAUGAAAGAGUAUGGAGUCAUGUUGCAGAAAGCAAAGACCAACAAAACUGACAGGUUCAAAGACUUCUGGUACUAUCCAGGAUACUAUUUCUUGAACUGUUUGCAUUUGAUCCAGCAGAAAAUGAAGUUAUUCCAGCUCCACAACUACACAACUGAGAAUCCAGAGUCCGAGCAAGAUGAAAUUCCAGAAGCAAAGAAUGAUCCGAUGCAUCCAGCAUUUACAAAGCUGAACUUGCUGUGGUUUGACCCUCAUGAGUUCCAGUCGCAGUAUCUGGUCAAGGAAAACGAUUUCAUCGGAAAGAACCCACUUAUUUUCAAAGAGCCUGAUGCCAUGAGCGCUCUUGGAGGGCAGGACUUCAAAGACGCUCUCAUCAUGUACAAAGUGUAUAACGAGCUCAGCUUCGAUUAUGGCACUGAGUUUGAGAGUCUCCUGACCAAGACCCUUGACUGCUACACUUCUCAGGCCAACGCAGAGAGAAUGGUUGACUACAUCCACUCUAUGGCUUCGGACUUCUACUUCAAGCAGGAGGAUUACCGCAAGUGUCGAGAAAUGAAGUCUUUCGUGGCCAAGCGGCUUGCUCGUCAGAACUGGAACAAUGUUGCUGUCGACUUGAUCGAGAAUGUGAAAGUGUGUUCUCUCAAAAUGGAUGACCACCGCAACUUCAUUCACAACGAGUUCGAACUGAUCAAUGUUAAGAAAGAAGACAUUGAGAUCAAGAAACAGCGGCUUCAGAGAAUUCUGACCAAGUUCGACGAGUCUAAUCUUCAGAGUCAAAUAUUCACAAUGAACAACCCUCUGAUCAGCGUGUAUGCCAGGUUUGACGUCAAGAGAGCAGAAAUCUUCGACUCAGUGACUCUGUCCAUCAGGAUUGACUCUUCGAUAGAUCUCACUUUCAACAAGUUGUAUGUAAACUUCAACGAGAAAGGCUUCAACAAAGAAAUCUUUGACUCAGACGGAGGAGAACUCAAACUUCAGUCGUCUGUGCAGUAUUCGAACGAUCUAACUAUUUUCGUAAAGUCUCAGAUACAAGGGGACCUUAAGCUUGACUACGUGGUACUCGAGAAGAAGAAUGGAGACAACACUCUAUCUUUGCUGAUCCAUCCUUCACCCGAUGUUAACUUUGACAGCCUCAUCUUCGGAGAUAAGAAUGGAGAUGAAAUCAACCAGAAAGUUUCAGAUGACCCUAACGAAGGACUCAGACUCAAGAUUUCGGAGACUCGUCAGAAGGUAGAACUGGCUCUUGACUACAGAGAAAGAAUCUUUCUCGGAGAACUGGUUCCUAUUGACAUGACAUUCAAAUCAAGCCAAGGAUGUGAGAUUGUUGACUCAUAUCUCUCGAUUGUUGACAUCAGCAAUGACACUUCUUCAACUGGAGACCAGCAGAGAACAAGGUCAAAGUCUCAGAUCAAGUUCAGAAAGUCAACCAGCAUUCCGAUCAAAUGUGAUGAUGGAGCCACCAGCGAUUUCCCUUUCGACAUUGCGAACAGUCCUGAGAAGCAGCCUAAAGAUGACUUUGUUCCCCAUGUUUACUACUGUGAGGCCAGUGGAGACUCAUUCGAAGAGUUCCCGAAAGAUGAAGACUUGAUGAGGGUGUUGAAAGAAGACAGCACCAUUAGAAUUCCAGACUUCAGCGAAAAGCAGCAAAUGCGAUGCAGGAUUUGUCCGAAGUUCUACGAAGAAGGCCCUAAAGGUUUCAGACUUACCCUCAAGUACAAGAUAGUCAAAGUGUAUGAGGAUGUCAGGAGUGACCCUAUUCCAAUGAGCAUCACUAGAAUCAUCAAGCUGAGUUGAGAGCCUCCAUUCAAAGUGGAACUAAACUACGAAGUCAAAGACUGGCUCACAAAUGGGCUCAAUGUCAGAGAGUCAGAGGCCAACCAGAGCCACUUAGACUCAUUCAUCAAAGUGCCUGUUGGAGAAGAAGUCCCACUAUCCAUUGAUGUGACUUCGAUCUCAGCAAAGCCCAUUUCUAUCAAAAAUGUAGAGCUAGACAUUUUAAGCACUGGCAUGAUAUCUAAAGUGUCCAAGAAUAAGUUUGAGCCAGUAGAGACUCUUGACGAAGGAGACACAAUCUCAGCAGGGUUUGUGCUCAACGCCACCAAGGUCUCCAAUGAUACUGGACAGUACGGAGAUGUCCUGAUUGAAUGGUCUCGGCUAUCAGAAUUCAAAGGAAAUGUUCUUAGGAAUAUCUGAAGAGUGCCGACUCUGCCUUUGUCAAUAGUUUCGUCACCGUUAUGAGUGAAGAUCAGCACUCCUGAGACUUGCUUCAACAUCUGAGAAGUGUUUACACUUGAAGUCGAGAUGAAGAACACGACUGAAAUCAGCAUGAAUGUGUGAUAUGAACUGAUCAAUUCAAGGCAGGUCAUAGUCUCUGGAGAAAGAAAAUCAUAUAUCAACUUAAUGCCAUUAGACUGUGAAGUAUUUAGAUACACUUGUAUACCUCUCAAGAAAGGGCUGAUCUCUCUUCCAGCUGUUAGAGUUGGGAAAGAUGAAGGCUACCACUUUAUAUCCAAGGCUGCUCGAAAUAUACACGUGACUUAAAAAUGGCUAAUAUUCAAUUUAAGA